AUGGGUAUUUCUCGGGACUCCAUGCAUAAGAGGCGCGCCACCGGCGGGAAGAAGAAGGCUUGGAGGAAGAAGAGAAAGUAUGAGCUCGGAAGACAGCCCGCUAACACAAAGUUAUCGAGCAACAAGACCGUUCGCAGAGUGAGGGUCCGUGGAGGUAAUGUCAAGUGGCGAGCAUUGAGGCUGGACACAGGGAACUACUCGUGGGGUAGUGAGGCCGUGACCCGAAAGACUCGUAUUUUGGAUGUUGUGUACAAUGCGUCUAACAACGAGCUGGUUAGGACACAGACUUUGGUUAAGGGUGCAAUUAUCCAAGUCGAUGCUGCGCCUUUCAAGCAGUGGUACCUUCAGCAUUAUGGAGUGGACAUUGGCCGCAAGAAGAAGGCCGUCGCCAAGAAGGAAGGAGAGGAGAAUGAGACUGCUGCUACUGAAGAGGUAAAGAAGAGCAACCAUGUCCAAAGAAAACUCGAAAAGCGUCAGCAGGAUCGUAAAAUCGAUCCUCAUAUUGAAGAGCAAUUUGGCGGUGGCCGUUUGUUGGCAGCAAUCUCCUCCCGCCCUGGCCAGUGUGGGCGUGCUGAUGGUUAUAUUCUGGAAGGCAAGGAACUGGAAUUUUACAUGAAGAAACUUCAGAGGAAGAAAGGAAAGAGUGCAGGGGGCGCCUAA